AUGACUGCUGCACCCACCGUGUCAGUCGCGCAGGGCCAGCUUCGGGGCCGUGUCGUGACAAACCCCAUUGGUAUAACGUUCUACAGUUUCCAAGGUGUACCAUAUGCUAAACCUCCAAUAGGGGCUUUGAGGUUUAAGGAUCCCCAGGCACCCGAAGAAUGGCAAGGUAUUCGAGAUGCAACAGCAGAAGGAAAUAACAACCCUCAUUCAAAGGUGGAUUACUUUGGCAACAGAAACUAUUUUGGGGAUGAAGACUGCCUAUUCCUAAAUGUUUACACACCAAACUUAGAAAAAGCAAAUCUCCCAGUUAUGAUUUUUAUUCAAGGAGACGGUUUCAAAUUUGGUUCAGGAAAUAUCGACUUGGGCCCUGAUUAUUUAGUAGCUAAAGAUGUGAGAAAUCCAGAGGAUACUGCCGCAAGCCUAGCUAAAAUGUUAGGCUGUAAAUCUGCUGAUCCUGAAAAGGUUCUAGAGCACUUGCGAAAUUGUUCUGCUAUAGAGCUCGUGAAAGGAUAUGAUGACAUGAUCUCCAACGAUGAUUUCCUUGGUAAUUUCAGUCCCUUUGGUCCUGUUAUCGAAAACUAUUUUGCUGGUGUCGAAGCAUUUAUUUAUGAACCAUUCAGUGACUUAGUACGAUCAGGUCGGAUAGCAGACGUCCCCGUCAUGAUCGGCACAUGUGGUUUGGAGUUCUCAUUUGAAAAAAUAAUUGACGAUCUGCAAGUGUUCAUUCCUGAGGAGAUAAAUGUUACGAAGAAUUCUAAAGAGUCUUUAGCAAUUGUACAAAAAUUAAAGCAACUGUACCUGAUAGCACAUGAUGGUGACAGUAAAAGUUUGGAUGGCUACUCUCAUUUGGCGUGUGACCGAGCGGUCAAAACUGAUAUUGUCAAAUAUAUUAAAUAUUUAGUAGAAGUGGAUAAACAACCUGUUUACUAUUAUAAUUUUGAUUAUACAGGUGCGUUUAAUAUUAGCCGUAAAAAACACGCAAAUUUAAAACAGGCGUUGAAUAUGGAUGAACUGGGGUAUCUAUUCAGGAGCAAGUAUCAAGAAGAUAUAGUGCACAGUGCUCGGGAUGUUGAAAUGAGGGAACGUAUGUUGAGGCUGUGGACAAAUUUUGCGAAGACUGGAAAACCAACACCAGACAAAGAGUUUUACUUAUCUGUACUCUGGUCACCAGUAUCCAGAGACAAGUUGAACUAUCUAAACAUAAGUUCAGAACUGUCUCUUGAGUCAAACCAAGACAGAGAAAAAGCAGAAUUCUGGCAGGAUCUUUACAUCAAAGAACGCAGGGAAAAAAUGUUGAACAAUAUAAAUAUAGACCCCACGACCACAAAUGGAGUGGCUGAACAACUAAUCAGGGCCAACGAUCCAAUAGUGGCUGACUUACCGAAGAACGUUGGAGUUAAUAAGUUCGUGAAUUUUUAUGAGUCACUUCAGAAAUAA